UCCGGUUUAACUGUUGGAGCAAAGUUAGCUUAACGGCAACCAGAAGACGUAACGGAGAGUAUAAAAUGUCUAUAUUUUUUCAGCACCCUCUUGAUAGAGACAAAAGUUCCAUCAAAUGCAGCAAAGCGUAUCUGAGAAGAGUUCCUACGAAUGGCUACGUUCGGCAGCGCGUGAGUCCUCGCUGCAUGACGUCACCGCGCCAGCUGCGUCGUGAACGCGUACGAUUCCUAACAAGGAAGUCGUCGGUUUGUGUUGACGGAAUAAGAAGCUUCAGCUAUGCUUUGGAUAAAAGCAGCAAUAAGUGGUCUGAAGAGCUGAACCCAGAGCAGCUUCCUGCGCCCCAGCCAGCCAGAGCCAUGGUGAGCUGCUGCCCCCGCCCCAGGCUCUGCUCCCGCUCCUCGGCCUACACGCUCGCUCUCGGCCUGGGCUUCGUUACCUUGGGGACGAGUCGCAUCGUGCUGCUCAAGUUCUCAGCAAACGCCGAAAACAAGUAUGACUUCCUCCCUGCAUCUGUGAACCUGUUCGCUGAAGCUCUGAAGCUGCUCUUCUGUCUGGUUAUGUCAGUCAGAGUGAUAGUCAGAGAGGGACGAUCAUGCAGGGAACUGGGCUGCGCCUCCAGCUCCUCCUUCCUGAUCUCCCUGAAGUGGGCCGUUCCGGCGUUCCUCUACUUUCUGGACAACCUCAUCAUCUUCUAUGUGAUGACCUACCUGCAGCCGGCCAUGGCAGUGCUGUUCUCCAACUUUGUCAUCCUGACCACAGCUGUUCUCUUUAGACUUGUUUUAAAGAGACGCCUGUCCUGGGUUCAGUGGGCUUCUUUAGUUAUCCUCUUCCUGGCCAUCGCCUCCUUGACAACAGAAUCAGGGGGCAGCCAGAACUCCAUAGCAGUGCCAGGCCUUCACUCAAACCCGCUCUCCACCCCGUCCAAUUCCUGCAUCCUCUACACACAGCUCCUGGAGCAGAUGAAAAACAGCAGCGCCUCCGAGUCGUGGACGUCGUCUCUGCCCGGUCAGGCCUGGAAGGAGCGGGUGGUGGAGAAGCUUCAGUCGCUGGGCGUGGGUCACGUCCUGCUGCUGCUGCAGUGCUUCAUUUCCGCCAUGGCCAACAUCUACAACGAGAAGAUCCUGAAAGAGGGAGACCAGCUGACAGAGAGCAUCUUCAUUCAGAACAGCAAACUGUAUGUGUUUGGUGUGGUGUUCAACGCUCUGACUCUGGGGCUCAGCAGCGAGGCGAGAGGACUCACCAUCCACUGUGGCCUCCUCCAUGGACACAACGUCUACUCCCUGGCCCUGGUGCUGGUCACUGCCGCUCUGGGCUUGUCUGUCGCCUUCAUCCUGAAGUUCAGAGACAACAUGUUCCACGUGCUGACGGGGCAGAUCACCACCGUUCUGGUCACCGGCUUCUCCCUCUUCCUGUUCGACUUCCGGCCGUCGCUGGACUUCUUCCUGCAGGCGCCCAUGGUCCUGCUGUCCAUCUUCAUCUACAACGCCAGCCGGCCCAGGGACCCCGAGUACAGCCUGCAGCAGGAGAAGCUGCGGGUCAUCAACGGAGAGGUGUUCGAGAGGUCCAGAGGGGACGGCGAGGAGCUGGAGCUCCUCACCAAAACCAACACAGACAGCGAGUCUGACGAAGACUCUCUGUAAAAAUCCCGAGUUCAGAGGAUAAACCACUGCUAAAGCUGAAGUCUGAACCUCGUCACCCGGCAUUUGAACUGAAUAACGGUGAGAAACGGCGCUGAAGGCAAGGUUCUAAUUCACAUUCUGAAACGUGCCUGCUUGUGCAUGAAUGCUGCUGUUUGUGUUGUGACAGAGGAGUGACAAUUAAAAAAAAAAAUCGGACAGCACUUAAGGAUCGUUAAGAGUUUUUCUGUGUAAAUAAUCCUGUAAUGCCUCCAGCUGUUGAGCCAAUCUUGAGCUGGGAUUGGGAUCCUAUAAGACUUUGGACUUUUGACAUAUGGAAAGGUUAUUUGAUAAUCUCUGGUUUUAUCCUGCAAUGUACAUCGUAGGUUUUAAUCAGUCCAUGCUGAGUCGAGUCAUUGGUGGCUCUGUAGGGAAUC